AUGCGCAACAAACACAAGCUUGUGAGUCACAAGCGCGCACGGUAGAUCUGAGCCUGGAGACGAUUUGAGCGCGCUCUCUAUUCAAGUCAUGGACGGCAGCGGGCUGGGGGACCAUUAGGAGCCGCUGGCAAAUAGACGCUUUAUUGCAACACACGGACGCUGAAGCCAGAACCACGCAAACUGGACCCGCAAUCCCUUACAAGCGGAAUUAUCUCCAUUGUAAUCAAUAAACCGAAUCGCUUUGGCGAGUGGAUAAAACAUCUCGCCCCGUUGAAUCUUCUUGAUAGAAAACGCUGUAUGCCAUAUGCUCUGCGAAUUUCAGUGCAGCCUAUGGCAAACAAUUUGUCCCGAUGCGGAGCCUCUUAUAGAUACAGGAGGACGGAUAUCCUUCAUUUUAUCCAAUAGGCAUUUUGAGUUUUUUAUUUGUUGUUUUCUUUUGGAUGCUUGUUUUAUCUCUUGCUGCGCUGACCUUAUUCACAGUGCUAUUAAUUGGUAAACGUUGACUGUCAUGCGGUAAUGAACAUUUCAUUUGGGGAAAACCCUUUAUUUUUGAUUACUUUGUGCUCUUUGUGUCUUGUUUUUUGGAUCGAUUUAUUCUGUGGAUUCGCCGAGGAGACUGUUUUUUUAGGGUGAGAAGCGGCCUGUAUACGGACUUCAUUCACCGUUAAAAAAAAAAAAAAAAAAAAAAAACUGCAGGAUUUUCCUCCUCCUCAGUCCAGAUGAAUGCCUUCAAGUUGGGCAGGCUCCUGCUGCUCUUCUGAGGGUUUAGCAUGGUGAUCACCCCGCAGAUGAACUCAACUCUCUCUGAGUUUUUGGCGUUUUUCGCAGGCGAGAAAUCUUGACUUGUGAUCGAGAGAGACGCGGACUGCAGCAGCCUCCAGCCCCCCUUUUCACAUGGAGAUUUGUGUCUCGGUUGUACUGCAAAUCUUUAAAACGUGGACGGGGGCCCUGAUGAUUUUUCCUGCGCUGUUGACGUCCUCGAGUUCUUUUAUUCGAAAAGAUGCGUAAGCCUAACGACAGAUGAACUAUGAAUGCGGAACACAAUGAUCUACUCCCUCGAACGCCAGACAAUGAGAGGUCGUAGGCUGAAGGGGGCGCUGUCCAACCCCCUUUUUGUGGUUCUUUUGGCUCUUCAGAUACUGGUGGUGGCUGGGCUAGUUCGUGCUCAGACCUGUCCCUCUGUCUGCUCAUGUAGUAACCAGUUCAGCAAAGUAAUCUGCACACGCCGAGGUCUACGGGAUGUCCCAGAUGGCAUUUCUACCAACACCCGUUACCUGAACCUUCAGGAUAAUCUAAUUCAAGUCAUCAAGGUAGAUAGUUUCAAGCAUCUACGCCACCUUGAGAUUCUGCAACUGAGCAAGAAUCAUAUCCGCAGCAUUGAAAUCGGUGCUUUCAAUGGGUUGGCAAGUCUAAAUACCUUAGAACUCUUUGAUAAUCGACUUACGACAAUUCCCAACGGAGCAUUCGAGUACUUGUCCAAACUUAAAGAACUGUGGCUACGUAACAACCCCAUUGAAAGUAUACCAUCUUAUGCCUUCAACCGGGUUCCUUCACUUCGCAGGCUAGAUCUGGGGGAGCUCAAGCGUCUCUCCUACAUUUCUGAUGGAGCUUUCAAGGACUUGACCAACUUGCGCUACCUAAAUUUGGGAAUGUGUAACCUUAAAGAGAUCCCUAACAUAUUACCCUUGGUUAGGCUAGAAGAGUUAGAAAUGUCAGGAAACCAGUUGACUGUCAUUAAACCCAGUUCCUUUACAGGUUUAGUGAACCUUCAGAAGCUCUGGAUGAUGCAUGCCCAGAUCCAAACUAUAGAGAGAAACUCCUUUGAUGAUCUUCAGUCACUGGUGGAGCUCAACCUUGCUCACAAUAACCUGACAUUUCUGCCACAUGACCUCUUUACACCGUUGCACCAUCUGGAAAGAGUGCACCUCCACCACAACCCUUGGAGCUGCAACUGUGAUAUUUUGUGGCUCAGUUGGUGGCUUAAGGAAACGGUGCCUGCCAAUACCAGUUGCUGUGCUCGUUGCCAUUCUCCUUCAGCUUUUAAAGGUCGAUAUAUUGGUGAACUGGACCACAGCUACUUCCAGUGUGAUGUUCCUGUUAUUGUAGAGCCACCCAGUGAUUUAAAUGUGACAGAAGGUAUGGGUGCGGAACUCAAAUGUCGUACAAGCUCAUUGACAUCCAUAAGCUGGCUCACCCCAAAUGGCUCUUUGAUAACACAUGGGGCUUAUAAGGUACGGUUGUCUGUGCUCAAUGAUGGGACACUAAAUUUUACAAGUGUGACAAUGCAGGACACUGGGACUUACACCUGUAUGGUUAGCAACACAGCAGGAAACAUUACUGCAUCUGCAGUCCUUAAUGUCACAUCUGUUGAUAACAAUGGAGUUACCUAUUUUACCACAGUCACUGUGGAGACCAUUGAGACCAUUGUGGAAGACAGCCAAACUACAUUUCCCCCAAUCGAAUGGAUGCCAUCCUCAACUACAAAGGGUGUGCCUAUUUCAACAAGGACCACAGAGCGGACUUACACCAUACCAGUUAUCGAUGUUGAUGGAGAAGGAGCCCUCAAUGGUCUAGAUGAGGUGAUGAAAACCACCAAGAUAAUCAUUGGAUGUUUUGUAGCCAUUACACUCAUGGCUGCUGUUCUGCUGGUUAUUUUUUAUAAGAUGAGGAAGCAGCAUAACCAACAGGAUCCUGAUGGUCCUGCCUCCUCCAUGGAAGUCAUUACUGUCGAAGAAGAGCUUGCAGGUGUUGCUGCUAUGGAGAGACACUUGUCGCUCCCCCCACUGGAGCAUUACAACCACUACAACACCUACAAGAGCACUUAUCACCACGCUCCUAUGCUCAGUACCAUACACAGCUCGGCCACACAGGAACCUUUGCUGAUUCAAGCUUGUUCAAAAGACAAUGUCCAAGAAACCCAAAUCUGACCUUGAGAUUGACUAUAUAUUCAGUAAUAUAAGUCUAGAACUGGAGUACAGUGGACCAAAACAUAAAAAUAAAAGAAAUAAAAUGCAGUUGAUUUGACAGCUGAUCUUGAUGGCACUUAACCAUCUUGUCUGGCAAAGGGACGACUUAAAACUUUAAAAAGGGUCUUUACAAAAACAAAAGCUAUUUAUUAAAAAUGUCUAGUGGCUAAAUGAAAAAAAAAAACAAAACAAUUUGUGAUAGCUUUUUAGCUCAUUUUUUCUCUCACUCUGUGUAAUACUGCUCAAGGGAAAGAAUGGUUUAUUGCAGGUAAAUCUUAUCUGUAUUAAUUGCAGAUUGGGAAAAUCUCUGCAGGUUUUGACCUCAUGUUGACAUCUUUCUAAUUCCAUUAACUUGUUAAUUCAUCGAAGGGCAUUGCCGUGUCCAAAACUGAAGACACUUACAGUAUGAGACAUUUAGCAAAAGAACUGCUGGGAUAUUUUUCUAACUACCAUAUUCCAGCUGUCACUCACAACAAGAUUAGAUCUUUUAAUGACACAGCUCUAGUUUAUAUCACCGUGGAACCAGCAUGCCCACAGAGCAAAGCUGCCAAAUGAGUAAAUGUGCAUUUCCCCUGUGGCUCCUAAACAACAGCCAUACAUCCUUUGCUUUAAUUAAGAUUAAGGUCUGCUCCCACUCUACCUCCUCACAUUUUUCGAGACUUCUUACCCUUAAUCAUUUUCCUUCUGUUCCUCCUCUCUUCUAUCUCAAAAUUACACAAAAUUCAGGUCAACAUUUGCCCUGUUUUUCACUCCUUUAGUUGGUGGGAUUGCCUUUUUAUCCAGGAGCUAAACAUGUUCUUCACUCGUUUCAUUUUUCAUUUGUCUUGCUUUGUCUGCAAAUGUGUGCCUCACAAUGGCAGGAUAUUUCUUAGGAAAAUGAAGGGUAGCAUAAGGUUGUGCUCUGCAGCCUCCCUGUUAACCUGGUAAUGAUUUACGUCCACGCGGUGUCGCGCCACCUUGCCGUCACCCCAGGGUCACAGGAGCUCAGGCGCUGAUAGUCCAUCUGUUUGUUCAGAUAAAAAGGCAAAUGAGUCUAGUUUGUAAUGUAGUGUGACCCUGUCAGACACACAGGGCUACUUUAAUCAGUGAAGCAGCUCGGAAUCUGUAACAAACUAAGAAAAGUUGUGUUAUAGCUCAUCAAUCUCAUCAAUCUGUAUCAGCAGUUCAUUUCAAGACUAAUAGAGGAAAGCUGAUAAGAAAACAGCAUGAGACUUUGUGCCUGACAUCUUACAGAGGGUAGAGGGCUUUGAUAUUGACACAACCCCUGCUCAGUUUCAUCUUAUGUAGAGGAAAAACUCCUAGACUCUUUAAUGUUGCACCAUUUAUAAGCCAUCAAAACAUUGUCUCUCCUCCUGUCUAUUUACAUUCUGGGGUUUUCAUUUAGUCUUCAAAAAAGGGGUCUUAAAGAGAAGGAUAAUAGCAGUGAAAGUAAAGAGUAGUGGUUGGGCUAGAAGCAAGAAGCAAGUAGUCAUAAGGGGCUUCAUAUGAACAGUGGUCAUGAAAAGGUCUUCAAACAAAGAUAUUGCACAUAUGAUGGGGGCGAAGUAGGAAAAUAGAUAAAUAAGGAGGCAAACUAGCCAUCAGCUUGUCACCAUGGAAACAGUGACCUUAUGUGGAAUGUAAGAAGAGGUAGACAUGCCUUUUGCUUUGGUCUCUGUGCAACAAGAAUAUUUUAAUUUCCCAAUGGCAAAUUCACAGUUUGGGCCAGGUAUUAACAAAACUGGCUUAAUGGAAUGUCUAUUUACAAAUAGGUUUCGUGGGAUUUGACACACAUGGCACAUUAUACUGAUAAACAAAAUCUGGCUUGUAGUGUUUUUAGCAUACUUUUCAUACAAAUUGCAUCAGAAUAGAUACAAAAUCCUUGAUCGCCACCACCAUUGACCCACAAGUUUAACAUUUUCUAGUACUUUUUCAAAGAAGUGCAGUUAAUUAUGCCAUGGGCACAGUUAGACUGAGGAUAAUUAAAUUUUUUUUUCGGAAGUAAUAAAUAUUUUGAACUGAUCUAACAGUAGAUCUUACUCGAACCCCUUAAUAAAAAGGAGGCCUUGGAAGACUCGGAGCCUAUCCUAAAUCAUAAAUGGUCAAAAACUCGAGUUAAAUGAGCCAAAAAGCUGGUAUACAAUAAUAGGUGUUUUAGCUCUGUGAUGGUAUUAAAUGCUUUCCCAUUAUAUUAGUUGAAUUAAAUGAAUUUAAAUUUCUAUAUACCGACUGUAGAGAUAUUUUUGUGCUUGUUGACUGCAUGUCUAUGGGUUUUACACUACUAUAUUAGCAACAAAAGCAGAAGUACAUAUUUCAUCGUUUGUUUUGAAAGGCACUCCAGACAGGUAAAAUGCAAGUCAGGCUUUUGCAGCUAAACCAGGAACUGUCAACUGCGGCUCUUCACAAUAGAUGACAAAAAAUAGCGCAAUUAAUGUUAAAGACAAUGAAUAAACCAUUCUUUCCCUUUUCACUCUUUUCCUUUUUCCAAAUGCUCACUUCCUUUUCAAUGCUUUUGGUGGAUUAAUGAUUCAGUGUUGAUGCUGGCUACAGUUAAAAAAGGUAAAACAUUUUUAUAUAUAUUUGAAGCUUGUGAUUUUUAAGAAUGAAUGGAAUAUCUGUGUAUUGGUAGUUGCUUUUGGCAGGAUAGCUUAUCUAGAAAGAUAUUUGAUUGCUGGAGGGAAUUGAGUCUAGACUGUCGAGCAGAAUGUUGGACUCGACAUACCAGCAGACCGAGUUUGUUUUUUGUGCAAACCCCCUGCCAAGGUGAUCAAAUUCUUGUGUGUUAUUCUGCCACUUGUCCAUAUAUAGAGGGAGUUAUCAUAUGUGGGGACAUUCUCUCUCAUUUUUCGGAGAGGAUAAUCAUCACAUGGCUAAAUUUCUACAGAAAAAAAAAAGUAUUUUCAAAGCAUAAUGCAAAAAAAAAGAUCUUCAGAUCAUAAUUUUACAUGUGCUCCAAGUUGUUAAAAAAAAAAAAAAAAGACAAAACAAAAACCAGAAAAAAAGAGUGCUUGUACGGAGUCCAAAUAAUUUCAUUAAGGAUGAUGUUCAUUAUUGAUACCUGAGAUUGUAGUUCAUAAUGUACAUGAAUACAAUAAAAAAUGGCAAUUCUCUUUUUCUUAAA